AUGCCACAUUAUCAGAGUAGGCACAUAUAUAUAGGGCCCACGUCGCGCCGCAUCAAUGAUGAUGCGGGGCCGGGGGCGUGCGCAGCCCGAAAUGCGGGGCACCGCGUCUAUAUAUUGCAUUCUUUAAGAAUACCCCAAGCUAAAAAAAAAUCAUCACGAAAAUUUUCAAUGGCGCAGCUUCUAGCAGGAAAGGUCGUGGCCAUAACAGGCGGUGUUACCGGAAUAGGUAGAGCCAUAGCCGUGGAAAUGGCUGCCAACGGCGCAAAAAUCGCCGUCAACCACCUUGAUUCGCCAGCCCAGGCCAAACUUGCUUCUGAACUAGCAUCGGAGAUCGGUGAGGCGAACUUCCUCGCUGUUCCAGGCGACAUUUCGAAGCCGGAAACGUCGCAGAACUUAGUGAAACAGACGGUGUCGAAGUUUGGCGAGUUGAACGUGUUUGUGUCCAACGCAGGCAUCUGUGAUUUCGCCGAGUUCACGGAAAUGGCGCCAGAAACGUACUUGCGUACAGUGGACAUCAACUUGAACGGCUCGUUUUUCGCCAUCCAGGCGGCUGCCAGACAAAUGAAGGCGCAAGGCAAAGGUGGAAGCAUCAUUGGCGUUCUGUCGAUCUCGGCUUUAGUUGGAGGCGCUUUCCAAACACACUACACACCUACAAAGGCGGGUAUUUUGUCGUUGAUCCAGCUGACAGCAUGUGCUCUUGGCCAAUACGGCAUCAGAUGCAACGCCUUGCUUCCAGGAACAAUCCAAACCGCUUUGAACGAGGAGGAUUUGAAGGACGCUGAAAAAAGAAAGUACAUGGAGGGCCGUAUUCCAUUGCAGAGACUCGGGAAGCCGGAGGAUCUCGCAGGGCCAGCCGUUUUCUUGGCGAGCGACAUGGCCAAGUAUGUCAAUGGUGCACAGCUACUUGUUGACGGCGGAGCCUUUGUUAAUUUCCAGUAA